AUGUCUCAUAGUCAUUCUCAUAGCCACAAACAUGGUGACUAAGAGUGCCAUGAACAUUAAAUUCAAGAUGGAAUACAUAUUUGUGUCCAUAAUAUUGAACCUUUAAUAAACCUUUAAUCAAAUCAAUUAUUAGAAAAAUAUGUAGGAGAAAAAUGGAAAAAUGCUGUGACUUUAAGGCUCUAUCUUUACGCUGAAAGAAUAGGCUCUAAAGGAUGCUAGCCUUUAGUUGAUUCGCUUUCUUAAAAUUAUUAGCUAUAAGAUUUAUUAAUUGACUUAAGGCAAAUUAUUAAUAUUAAAUAAAUACUUAAGUUAUUAGAUUAUAUUAUUAAUAGCAAUAACAAUAUUGGAAGUGAGGGCUGUAUAGCACUUGGAGUUGGUUUAUCACAUAUUGUCAAUCUAAAGAAGCUAUCUUUAAAUCUUUUUAAAAAUAACAUUUUAGAUGAUGGAUUUAUAUCUUUGCUAAAUAGUCUGUCUGAGGCUCCUAAAUUAAUUGAUUUUGAACUUUAUAUGACAUCAAAUUAGAUAAAACUUGCUUAUACACUGCAUAAACUAAAGAUGGUAUUAUAAAAAUUUAAAUAGUAAAUAAAAGUAAAUCUUUCUAUGAGUUUUAAUUAGAUUUCAGAAAAAGACUAAAAAUAGAUACGAAAUUUCUUUAUAAGAAAUACAAGAAAUUCUUACAUUUCAAUUUUAAAUAUUAAAUUUUGA